GAGGGGUAAGCAGAGUGGAAGGACUGGGGCUCUGAGGUGGGGGCAGAGAACACAAGAAGCUUUGGGACAACAGGGAAAAGUAGGAUUGUGAGUUUGUCUGUGUGAACACAUGAAAAAAGUGGAAAGAAGAUGGGUGGAUCAAAGAGAGUUGUCACGGAUUAAAGUAGGAUGUGGAGCAACAAAAGAUCGUAUUUGUCACAGCUGACUUGGACAAUAACAAGAAGAGAGGAACAACCAAGUAGAGGUGCAAAGAAUACCAAGGACUUGCCUAAACAAGAGGCAGAAAAAGAAGACUGGCCUACCUUAGGUGGCGUGCUCUCAUUCACCCACGGAAAGAGAGAAACACUGAGUCAAACCAGACAGAAAGACAGACAGGAAGCGCGAGGGGGGAGGAGUAUGAGGAGGGAGUGAGGUAACAGAAAACAUAAGAAAGCAGAGAGGCAAAAGAGUAACACUCGUGAAAGAGUGUGUGUGAGGUUGAGCAAGGGAGAACGAGCCAAAGAAGUUGGGAGGGAGGGGGGGACCUGAAAACAGAGGGAGGGUGACAGAAAGUAGAAAAUGGGUAAGUGUUGUUGAGCCAGCUGAAGCAGAGAGGAAGACAGAAAGUGAGGAGCCCAGCGGGUGAAGUAAGUAGGUGGGGAGAGCGAUGAGGGGGCAGCUCUUGAAGUCAUUCUUCUCUUUGGUGUUCACUCUCUUCUGUUUGGGAAGCUUGCUGACCACUUUCAUCUGGUACAUGGUCGACAACAAUCAUGUUGAACCUCAGAAGCCGCAUACUCAAAAGAAAAGUGCCCCCCAGCCCAAUGACCCCUGUAAAGGCUGCAGGGAGGUCAUCAGCAAGGUAAUAGAGCGUUACUCGAAACCCUGGAAGAAGCAGGAGGACAAUUACCAAAAGUUCAGAUCUCAGCUGAGCAGCAAGUGCCAUGGUUUUCACAAGGCCAUCAUUACCCAGGCCAACAAUCCAGUGGGAUCAAAGCUUGUGUAUGACGGAGAAAAGAGGAGGACCCUCCAGGUCACCCCGGAGAUUUUCAGAACCUUUGCAAAGGAGCAUCCGUUCCCAAAUAAAACAUGGGACACGUGUGCUGUUGUUGGGAACGGAGGGAUCCUGACCAACAGCAGCUGUGGAAAAACGAUCGAUUCCGCUCAGUUUGUUAUCAGGUGCAACCUACCUCCUUUGGAUAAAGGCUAUGAGAAACAUGUGGGCAUCAAGACAGACCUUGUGACAGCAAACCCAAGCAUCUUCAUAGAGAAGUAUGGGGCUCUAAUGGGACGUCGUCGUCCGUUCGCGGAGAGUCUGCGUGUCUAUGGCAACUCCUUGCUGCUCCUUCCCGCCUUCUCCUAUGGCCACAACACUCCUGUGUGCAUGCGGGCCGUCUACAGCAUUGAGGACUUUGAAAGUCCCACCAGGCCCGUGUUCUUUAACCCUGAGUACCUCCAGAGUCUGGCCCUCUUCUGGCGCUCACAAGGCCUGAAAGCAGUGCGGCUCAGCACCGGCAUAAUCGUGGCCAGCCUAGCACUGGAACACUGUGCCAACGUGCAUCUGUACGGGUUCUGGCCCUUCAGUAACCACCCACAUGGACAUGUCCUGACUAACCACUACUACGAUGACAGACAAACUAAAACAAAAUUCCACGCCAUGCCGGCUGAGUUUGACCUCUUGUUGCGGCUGCACAGCCAGGGGGUGCUCAGGCUUCACCUGGGAGAUUGUUGACCAGCUGGAAAUUAGUUCCCAGACCCAGGGGCAGCUGACAGGAUUGAAGAAAAGUGCCUUUUUUUUGUAGCCCAGUUGCCCCGUGAAGUCCUCAAAUACUUUUGAUUGAAUGGAAAGAUGCAUUUUGGCUGAUGCCACGGAGUAGGGGGUCCAAGCAAGGUGGACACUUGGACUUAGAGGGAAUGCAGCCAAGACAUUUGCACUGAAAUCAAGAUGCAACAUUCAUAAGGCUACAAACAUUAUACAGUCUUACAGUGUAUCUAAAAUUGUAUUUAUUAUGUUGCAGCCUGGAUGCAGGUAGUUUGAUUUCUAAGGGAAUCCCUUUGUGGGAGUUGAAAAUAUAGUGCCUAGUUUUAGAUCAAACAGAAUGUAUUUUGAAGAAAAUCAAAUACCUCCUUUACAUGAAGAUUGUCUGGCUAAAACACUUUAACGUCUAAUGAAAACUGCCACACUCUGAAUGUAAUCAUGAAUCAUGAUUCCCCCCAUCAUGAAUCUUUCAUGGGGAAAUGUACAGUACUUACACAUUAAUUGUGUUAUGUCCCAGUAGUCUCAACUACAAAUCAUCAUUGCUUCCCUCUGCCAGCUGUGGUCAACAACAGAUGACCCUAUUAAGUUAAGCUCCGAGCCAGGUACUAAACAGACACCACAGAAAGAAACAAGAAUAAUAACACUACUAAACACUGGAGGUCCAACCUUGCAAAGGUUGCUAUGGUGAAUCUGUGUUACAAUGUGCUACCCCUGGUCACCACAGUGAUCAGAGGGGGAUAUGUUCUGUAAGUGGAAACCUUCACAUAGUGGUACAAUGUUAGUUUGAAAAACAAGUACUUUUUAAGUUGAUGUAAAUGCUAAAUCGGUGACUGACUCCAAUGUAAGGGGAUGGAUUGUGAAUUGAGCACUUUGAUUGAAAAUUGUAACCUUUGGAUAAGAAGUAACAUUUGCUUCCAGACUUUUAUGCUGAUACUAUAAUAGUCUUAACAGUGAUUUUUAUCAUCCAGAACAAUAAUGUACAAGCUGUAGAUCAGAUCAAACUUGAAAAAAUCAUUGUGAGCCAGUUUUAGAAUAAUGUGGUUUUGUUUUUGUUUAGUGAACAGCAUGAGUUAAGAGGGACAACGAAGUUAAAGUAAAUCAGUGAAUAAAUAUUUAACACAAACCA